AUGUUCCACGUACUCCAUUUGGUAAUAAACGACCCUGAUUUGAUUUGACUAGUUCUAGAGGAUUUUGCACAUUUUCACGAUCGGGGUUUUUAUUAUAAUAACGAUGUCGAUCCCAUAUUAGGACAUUUGUUCUUUGUGCCUGGUAAAGAAUGGAAAUUUGUUAGAUCAAAGUUUAUGCGAACAUUCACCUCAGGGAAAAUAAAAGAAAUGUUUUCCUUGAUAGAAAAAGUUGCAGAAGACCAUAAAAAAGCUUGGUGCGCUUCUAUUAAAAAGUCUAGCACAGUUGAUGUCAAGGAUCUAUUAUACAGAUAUACAAUGGAUACGAUAUCAUCGAUUGCAUUCGGUGUUGAUUGUAAUAGUUUUAGAAAUCCAGAUACAGAAUUUCGUAAAUAUGGAUAA